AUGGCCGCCACCCAGCCUCCGUACCCUCUUCACCCAUCCGUCGAAUCUCGCGUCCACCCCGAAUAUGCCGCUUUCUACAACAAAUACAUCAUCAACCAACAGCAAGUGCACCUCCAACCCGUUGCUGCCUCACGCACAUCUGGCGUUCUUAUUCCUGGAGGUGGUCCUGUGCUUCCAGUUGGGAAAACCGAAGACAUAUCGAUAAAGCGGACCGAGACCGAAGGGCCCGACGUCGUCGUGCGGGUGUUCACGCCAGAAACGCCAGCGCCAGGGGGCGGAUGGAGUGUCUUCCUAUAUGCCCAUGGAGGCGGUUGGGUGCUGGGGAAUAUCAACACUGAGAACACCGUUUGCACGAAUGUGUGCAAGAGAGCUGGUGUGGUGGUUGUUAGUGUUGAUUAUAGAUUGGCACCAGAAGAUCCCUUCCCAGCCGCAGUCCACGACUGCUGGGAAGCCCUACUCUGGCUCCACAGCCCUUCGACCAUCAGCCAUCUGAACAUCAACGUCAAGAAGCUGUCUGUCGGCGGGUCCUCAGCCGGCGGCAAUCUCGCAGCCAUGCUCACACACAAGUCCCUGCUCGAGAAACCCUCGCUGAUCAGCAUCUCUAAACAAGUGCUCAGCGUGCCCGUCACCGACAACACGGCUGAUCCAGCCACGAACUGGGCGUGGAAGGAAUUCGAGCAUACCCCUGCCCUGCCGGCUCUCAAGAUGAUGUGGUACCGCAACCAUUACCUACCUGACAAGAAAGAGUGGGCCAAUCCGGAGGCUUCGCCGUUGUUGUAUGGGAACGAGGACGGUCACUGGAAGAUGUUGCCGUCUGCUGUUGUUAUAGUGGGCGAGUUGGAUGUGUUGAGAGGCGAAGGGGAAGCAUAUGCGGCCAAAUUGGAGGAGAACGGUGUCAAGGCAGAGCUGCAUGUGAUGCAGGGUAUGCCCCAUCCUUUUUUGGCUAUGGAUGCUGUGUUGCAGGCUGGAAAAGAUGCUAUUACGCUGAUGGUUGACGCUGUCAAGAGCACGGCUUGA